GCUGUGCUGAAUAGGUGCCUAACCUAAAGCCUUACCAAUACAACCACGUCUCUACAUAUAGAGCUUCAAGAUUAAAGGCUCUCGAUAAUCUGAACAUACUUAAAUCGUAUUUUUCCAAGUCGCGAGUUAUAGUCGCAGUCCCUACAUUUACUGGGCGGGUUCCUUCAAUCGCUUUCAUCAUGUCAUUUGGAUUCUCAGUCGGUGAUAUCCUGGCGGGCGCGCAACUGGCAUAUACGCUUGGUAAAGCCCUGUCGGACACGAAGGGGGCUUCGAGCGACUAUCAGGAACUUAUUUCGCAGCUUCAUGUGGUUCAUAAGGUUCUAAUCCAAGUCGACCAACUUCGUGCGGCAAAUCAGCUUGCACAGGCAACUAUUAACGCCCUUCUCUUCACGAUUAACUCCGCAAGUGAGGCAAUUGAGAAAUUUCUUACUCAAUACGAGAAUUAUGAAGAGAGUCUACGACAGGGCGGUUCGGGUAAGAUUCUUAAAGAUGUCUACAAGAAAGGGAAAUGGGCUACUCAGAUGCCCGAUAAGGUUCGAGAUCUGAAAGGAACCUUAGCCACGAUGCUAGCAGCUAUCAAUUGCCUUGUAUCUCUAGCAUGUUACUACAAUACUGGUUAUGAUAGAUUUACAGCGGCGAUAUACCCAGAUUAUGAUAAAGAACAACAGGGACAUGAUGAUACAAGCUGGGGAAAAGAUAUAAAACUUACGGCCAAGAUGUUUCGCGACUUUCAUAACCUAACAGCGUGUCCUGGGUUUAAUAAACAGGGCGCCCCGGAAUACUUCUUCCGACCUGGUCAGAUAUUUUCGGCGCAGAUCACCUCUUCUUGGAGUCUACAAAGUCACCGGGGAUUUAGGAAGGUUGACUUUGGAAACCUCCCUCUUGAACCAGUUUCAACGCUCAAGGAGAAGGCUAUUGCGGAAACUAUUGAGGACAGAGGCAAGCGACUUGCCCAAAUUUGGGGACUCCCCUUAGAGAGAAUGGUUCAAUACUGCGAAAGUAGUCGGCAAGAUCCUACUAAAGUCAUCUGUUUGCUUUGUAGAACCAAACUACGGGCGCAAGAUGCCAGACAAGAUGCCACACCAUGCCCUAAAGACGAUUGGGCCAGCUGCCAUUUUCGCGUUCAUCAUUGGGAAUACUAUUUAUCAAUGCUACCUCGGGAGGUUUCUGAAGGUCUAGAGAUGGAUAUGAGGGUAAAAUUGGUGCCUCCUGAGAGUCUUGCAAGCCCUAUUCCAGGCUCGAGCUUCUCGAAGGAGGCAUGGAUAAAUUUAACCCAUGUAGUAGACCCCACGCCAAUCAUGACUGACCAAGAAUUAAUAGGACGCUUCAAUGUGUCAUCUUGGUUCGACGACUAUCUAAGAGGCCCGGUCCUUAUCCAGCGCUUUGUAGUUGUCCGUCAAGGAGUAGACAGAUGUCUCUGUCUCGGGAUCCACACAUACUCUCGACGGGGUUGUGGGGAUCAACCGGACCAGGAGCUGUUCGGAAUUCUUCAUUCAAGUGAAGAGCCACCUCCUCCCAUGGCUAACGAAACAGGGAUGGUACUUGCCCCCGUACGGAUGAAAUCUGAUCACCCAUCGACAGCACUUUCACGGACUGCAAGAAUACACUAUGGUCGCGCAUACGAGAUCUCUCACGAUAUACCAGUCCAAUCUAUUGGGCUAAUCCAAGAUGCUUCUAUGGAAGUACUACUUGACCAAUUCGAAGCAACCGUGCCUAGAAGAAGAGAUGAGGGCAGUGGUGCAACUCACAAUCAGAUUCCUCAACCACAGAUAGAGGCGGCGAACUUGGAUGUGGCUAAGUCAAUCCGGGAGGACGUCGCUACCGUACUAGGCAAUUGUAUGUCUCCAGCCGAAAACCAGCCGCCUAAGAAAUGGGAACUUCUGGAAUACUGA